CGCCAGCGAAAAUGUCUUCUCAACAGCCACGCAAAAAAUCAACCGAGUAUUUUGUUGAAACAGCUUCCUUUUUCCUGGUAACAGGUAGUCCCGUCCUCAUCCUCUUCUACUGGAUAUGCUAUGAGUUUUUCGAAACCUCACUCUCAGCAACGGUGGCCGCAGCCCAGUCAGAAGGAAUUCUUCAAUUUUUCAGCACCAGACUGCCAUGUGUCGACAUGCCCUCAAUUCUGGCAUAUGCCAUAUGGACUUUGUUUCAAGCGGUGCUUUUCACAUUUCUCCCUGGAUCUCUGGAGUUAGGGCUCCCGACACCUUCUGGAAAGCGUCUUUCCUAUAAGAUCAAUGGCCUUGCUGCUUGGGUUGUAACUUUGGGAUCGAUGGUUGUGGCACACUACACUGGAUUGGUUCCAAUGACGUUUAUCGCGGACCACUGGGAAGGACUGGUCUGGACGGUGAAUAUCUACAGUCUGGUAGCACUGGUUAUCUUUCAUCUGAAGGCUUAUUGCUGGCCGGAUAGCCCCGAGGAUGAUACAUCUACUGGGUUCUUUUUCACCGACUUCCUGAAUGGCAUCGAAUUCAAUCCCCGCUUCGGUAAGCACUGGGACAUCAAACACUUUCACAGCACUCGAGCUGGAGGUGUCAUUAUUUGGAACGUGGUGGACUUUGCUUUCGCUGCUGCCCAGUACUAUAGCCUUGGCUAUUUGACAAACUCCAUGGUUUUGGCCGUUGUAUUACGAUUGUUGGUUGUUUUGGAUUUCUUCGCCAACGAAAAAUGGUUUAUUGGAACUUUGGACAUUGCAUAUGAACACUUCGGGUUCUAUUAUAUCUAUGGAUAUUCAGCAUUUAUGCCUGUGUUGUACACCCUUCAGGCACAAUACCUUUAUCGCCAUCCUGAGUCGUUGUCGACGCUGAGCAUCGUGUUAAUCACUGUUGCUUGGGUGGCCGGCUGGGCAUUGACGCUGUGGGCGAACUACCACAAAGACAUCACUCGCGAAUCCCAAGGCGAGUGUACGAUUUGGGGCGAAAAGGCCAAGACCAUUACAUGCUCGUACCAAACUGCGGGUGGCAAGACCCAUAAAUCACAGAUUCUGUACUCUGGCUGGUGGGGAGUUGUUCGACAUGCCAACUACCUGGGAAACAUCAUCUUCACGUAUGCCUUGUGCGCGACAUGUGGUUUCCAAUCGGUCUAUCCCUGGACAGAGGCUAUCUUUGUCACUGGCGUCAUGGUGCAUCGCUGUUUGAGGGACGAGAAGAAAUGUCUGAGCAAAUACGGAGCGCAAUGGGAAGAGUACUGCAAAAGGGUUCCUUGGAGACUAAUCCCCGGCAUCUUUUGAUAUAAGGAUUCUUUGAUCCAGGUCAAGAUAUUGGAUGUGAUCAUCUCGUCAAGGAAAGAGGUUAACACUGCACCCAUAACACAAUAUAUUCGGCCCUAGGCACUGAUGAGGGGAGGCAGGGAAGUAGCUGCAUCCUUAUUUAUUACCCUUAGUAUAGGCUCCAAUGCUUAGUAUUCAGAUCAGUAAGCCAAAAAAUCUAUACUAGGAUAUCAUGCCUGAAACCACUAUAUAGCAGCCGGCGUCCACAUCUUCAAAAACUAAAAAUAAAUAUAUAAAAUAUGCAAAAUCA